UUGGAUGAUAAGUCUAUUAUACGUAGUCGGUGAUGACACAUUUUCACAAUAGUAAUAUGGAAAAACAAAACGAACUUAUUGUCUGUGUUCCAGGUCAAAGAUUAUGUGUUUCCGAUGAAAUUAAUAUAUCUGGACCUGGAACUUAUGAACAACAGGGUUACAUUUAUUCUAAACUUGCAGGUGUAGUUAAAUUAGUACCACGAGAAAAUACACGCAACAUAGAAGUUCAUGGAAUAACAGAGCAAAGUAUUGUCCCUGCACCUGGUGACAUUGUGACUGCAAUGGUCACUAUUGUCAAUCAGAGGAUUUGUAAAUGUAGCAUAAAAUGCAUAGGUGAUAUUGUAUUGACAAGACCUUAUAGGGGGAUUUUAAGACGAGAAGAUGUGCGUGCAAUAGACAAAGAUAAUAUACAAAUGUACAAGUGUUUUAGACCAGGAGACAUUAUUCUCGCCAGAAUUAUGCCAAUGACAGAAGCACAUACUUAUCAACUAAGUACAGCAGAAAAUGAAUUAGGUGUAGUGAUAGCACAUAGCGAAGAAGGUAUGGCUAUGAUACCUAUAAGUUGGACACAAAUGCAGUGUCCUAAGACAUUACGCAAGGAGUACAGGAAAGUUGCAAAGGUAGUUCCAGAACAUGUUAUUACAGAGCAAUAAUAUAACAUAUAAAUCACUUUUUUUAC